ACAAAGCCGAGUUGGUCUGAAUUCCCACCAUGGCCUGGGCCCCUCUGCUCCUCACACUGCUCACUUACUGCUCGGGGUCCCUCUCCCAGUACACUCUGACUCAGCCACCCACAGUAUCCGUGUCCAUUGGAAACACAGUUAAACUCUCCUGCACCCUUAGCAGUGGAUACACAUUUGGGGAUGUCGUCUGGUACCAGCAAAAAACUGGGAACAUCCCAAGAUACCUUCUGAGGUACAACACUGAGUCUAACAAGCACCAGGGCUCCGGGGUCCCCAAUCGCUUUGCUGGUUCUAAAGACGCCUCUAAUACAAUCGGCUACUUAACCAUCACCAGCAUCCAGACAGAGGAUGAGGCUGAUUAUUACUGUGCUACAGGGACUGCACAGGUCAGUUCGCAACUCGUGGUGACUCAGGAGCCCUCGAUAUCAGUGACCCCAGGAGGGAUUGUCACUCUGUCCUGCAGCCUGAGCACUGGAGCCAUCACCAGCAGCAAAUAUCCUAGCUGGUUCCAGCAGAAACCAGGCUCUGCUCCUCGGCUGCUUAUAUACACCACCAAUACCAGACCCUCUGGGAUCCCUGCCCGGUUCUCUGGGUCCAUAUCCAGUAACAACGCUGUCCUGACCAUCACCGAUGUCCAGGCAGAGGAUGAGGCUGACUAUUACUGUUUGAUAUAUACCGGUAGUAGUGGUAGUUGGUCUCACACCAGCACCAUGCACGUGGCGCUGUCUCUCUAUUGGCUCGGGCGGCUCAUUGCCAGCUCCAGCUAUGCACAGCCAAGUCCAAACUUCUCACUGUAA